AUGAGCGCAGUUUCUGACAAUAAUAGUGGCUUGCAAAAGAAAUACGCUUGCUCCUAUUGCGGGAAACCGUUUUCGCGUUCAGAGCACAAGGCGCGGCACGAGCGGUCGCAUACUGGGGUGAAACCUUUCGAAUGCAAAGUGUGCCAGCACGCGUUCGUGCGACGCGAUCUUCUUCAGCGGCACAUAAGGACGGUUCAUCGGGAGGUACUGCUGUUGGGGAAGUCUGCGAAGGAGGCCGAGAUCGGGCAUGAUGCGAAAGAAUUGGCCGCCGAGAUGGCAAAUACGUCAAAAGGAGAUAUAUUGUUGGAGUUGCUGGUCAACUCGAUGAUCAAGGUAAAUUAUGACAAUACUCCGGACACAAGGGAUUCCAAGUGCUUGAGAUCGGUGCCGAAGAUUGUUGGCCUCAAGGGCAGAAGAAGGAAAUGGAAAAAUGGACCCAUUGGUGAGCUCUCGCGCCGGGAUGCGCGUGCUGUAUCAAUUUGCAUAAACAAGUCCAUAGGAAUUGACAGGAUAAGGCUCCUGUACCGUUGUGCGGUGGGUCACGUGGCGGAGCAUAAACUGUUCAACAAGGCGAUAGAGAGUCACGUGCGUGACGAGCCGCCUUUGGCGGCUAGCGUGGUAUGCUUGGGACUACAUCUGGGCGACCCGGACGAUCGCAUUGCCAAGGACAUAUGGCAUGCAUUAUGGAACAUCAGCUUGGAAAGAUGCUCAGUGACUGCUGCGAACCUGCUGAUAUACAUACUGGUGACCUUUGCAGGAAAAACUGACUGGUCGAUGACGAGUAUCGGAGAUGUAUUCUCCAGAUAUGAGCGGUUUUUCAUCGAUCAUCUUGUGCAAUACAGUGAGACAUUCGAAAUGAACGAGAUAUCGUUAAUAUUCCAUAUAUGGGUGUCCCUGCUGAGACUAUCGCAAGAGCCAACCUCUCUUUCUGCCCGUAUUUACACCUGGUUCUUACAACAUGCUUUCCUGAAGGAUUGCACAUUGAAAGAUUUGGUCUUUCAAAUAAUGUUGAAUAACAACCGAUGGGAGGUGCCGACGCUCGAUCUGCUAGCAGAUGCUUUAUUCGGCGAUUGGCUUAUAAGUUCCCGGUUGAUGGAAUCCAAUGAUCCUCUAGGUGCGUCCCACAUCUUUAAAACUGGUGCUGAGUUCCACAACACUGUGACAAUCGUAUUGAAAAAAUAUGCAGCGGAAAGCGGCAACCAGGAAGAGCUGAUGCGACAAUUAAGGAUCGGCGAGCUUCCUUCCAAGUUCUCGUUCCCGUUGUCUCAGUAUUUAGCUAGGAUUCAAUCUAACUCUCAUUGGAGAUUGUUAGAGACAGCCUGGUGUCGGUUAAUUGAGAGGAUGAAGGCUAAGCAGGAUAGGAGUUAUUGGUUCAUGGAUUCUAUGGCCGAGUUUCCAACCAUUUUCCUUGAGUCCUCUAUGAUUGAUGAGACGUUUGCGACUUGUUGCAUACCGGUCUUCACUGUCUUAGAGUCCAAAAGUGAUUUAAAUGCCAACUACGUUCCUUUGAUAUCAGAUGUAGUUGUUUUUCUGAUCCGAUUAUUUGAAUUUGAAAUGUCCAUCAACAGUAACAAAUAUUGUCCCCAUAGACUUAUUUCGAUGCUGAAAAAUCCCGUCAUUCAACUUCUACUCUUUACCGGCCACCGACUAACAAGCUCUGGCAUUCAUUCGCAACAGGAGAGUAUCGCCGUUGACCAUUUCAUUAACAGGUAUAUUGUCAAUUGCAACUGGCUAGUUGAUAAACAUACUGAAGAGGAGCUGACGCAUAAUUUAUUUGAUUCUCAAUCAUUAGGCUACAUUGGUUACCAUCAACUGAUUCAGGAUUUUCUAUCAUACUUGAGGAACUCAAUCAUAACUGAAAAGCUAAUGAAAGUGCCGCAUAUAAGCCACGAUAUCAAAGUACAUCUCUUCGAUUUCGCGCAACAGCAUUGUCAUAAUUUGCAUCAUCCCACCCAGGACGUUCAUGCUGCAAGGAGGCUGACAGAUCCAUGGCAGUCAUCACAGCCAGGUCCUGUAUGGAUGUUUUCACCACAAUCUCCGCGAUCGAUGUCUAUUGAUUCCACUGGGACUGAGCCAGUGUCUAUUUUAAGCACUGGAAUGUCUCAGUCAAAUAGUUUGGACUCUACAAUGCUACAUGACCCCAAUGUGAUACUGCCACCGUUGAAUGAGACGCUACUCUUGAGACAGCAGCAAAAAUCAAGCUAUUACAAUUAUGGUCCGGGCUCUGUAGAGCUACAAAUGAAUCGUAGACCAUCCAGUAUAGUGCCCAUCUUCACCAAUCCCAAUUUCUCGAAUAUGGACGGAGUGUUUUUGGAUAAAGGUGAAAAUGAAAGCACAAGCCCAAGGUCUAACGUCUCUACCACGGUACGAAGGAUUGGAAACAACUCUGUGAAAUUGCCACCGCCAUCCGAACUUUUUGGAUAA